AUAAUAUAACACACUCUGUGUCUGCUCUCUGUCUGCGUUUCUGUGGGCGAAUAUAUAGAGAGAUGGGGAAGAAGCAAAUCACUUCGAUGCUCGUUGUUGUAAUGCUGCUUCUGUGGCCAGUGGAGAACCAUGUCAUCAAACCAGAGGCUCCAACUCCGCAGCCGCAGCCAACCGGCAGACUUCCGGCGAAUGGCACCACACCAGGCAGCCUUCAUCCUCAAGAAUGUGGAGGUCGGUGUAUUACGAGAUGCUCAAAGACGGCGUACAAGAAGCCGUGCAUGUUCUUUUGCCAAAAAUGCUGUGCAAAAUGCCUGUGUGUGCCUUUCGGAACUUAUGGAAACAAGCAAACAUGCCCUUGCUACAAUAAUUGGAAGACUAAGGAAGGUGGACCUAAAUGCCCUUGAACAUUCAAUCAAUUCUCACUACCAUCUAAAUUAGUAAUGUUAAAUAAAAUUUUCUUAUUUUUUUUUCUUGAGAAAAAUUAUGAGUACUUCAUAUUUAUUUUUUUUAUGUAUUAAAUUGCACUUUAUCACUUAUUUUCAUAAAGAAAUGACAUUUUUUUUCCUUUUUAAUUACUCAAAAUAAAAAUUAAAAGGUAAAAUUAUCGUUUA